AUGCAAUACAGAAACUUAGGUGUCGCCGCUUUAGCUGGCCAGGCAAUUGCUGCUUAUGUUCCUUCCGAACCAUGGACCACUCUUACCCCAUCUGCAACCCUCUCUGGUGCACUUACUGAAUACACUGGUUCAUUUGGUAUUGCUGUUAACCCAAUCUCAACCACUGCAUCUGCAUCUGCAACUCUUGACGCUAAGAAUGUCAAGCAACACAAGGCUGCAGCUGCAACCCAGAUUGGCGACGGUCAAAUCCAGGCAACCACCGGUACUUCGAAUGCAAUCAAAACCAAAACCACAACUUUAGCUGCAAUCACCCAAAUUGGUGACGGUCAAAUCCAAGCCACUACUAAAACCGAAGCUCCAAAGAAAACCGCAGCUCCAGUAACCCAAAUUGGUGACGGUCAAAUCCAAGCUACUACUGCAACCGAAACAACAAAGACUAUUAUUGCUAAUGUUGUCACCCAAAUCGGUGAUGGUCAAGUCCAAGCUACUACUCUCACCAAGCAGGUUGUUAACCCAAUCACUCAAAUCGGUGAUGGCCAAAUCCAAGCAACCACCGCAACUGCAGCAGCUUUGAUCUCCCAAAUUGGUGACGGUCAAAUCCAAGCUACUACAAAGACCACUACUCCAAAGGAAACUGCAGCUCCAGUCACUCAAAUUGGUGAUGGUCAAAUCCAAGCUACUACAAAGACCACCACUCCAAAGGAAACUGCAGCUCCAGUCACUCAAAUUGGUGAUGGUCAAAUCCAAGCUACUACAAAGACCACCACUCCAAAGGAAACUGCAGCUCCAGUCACUCAAAUUGGUGAUGGUCAAAUCCAAGCUACUACCAAGACCACCACUCCAAAGGAAACUGCAGCUCCAGUCACUCAAAUUGGUGAUGGUCAAAUCCAAGCUACUACCAAGACCACCACUCCAAAGGAAACUGCCGAAGCAGCUACUCAAAUUGGUGACGGUCAAGUCCAAGCUACUACCAAGACCACUACUCCAAAGGAAACUGCCGAAGCAGCUACUCAAAUUGGUGACGGUCAAGUCCAACAAACUACUAAGACCACCGAAUCCACUUCUACGAAAAACACUGCUACCCCAGCAACUCAAAUUGGUGAUGGCCAAAUCCAACAAUCUACUGCUUCUCAACAAGGUGCAGCAGCUUCUGCAUCUCCUCAAGAUGAAGAAAUUCAAUACCAAGCUUGUGCUACUAAUGGUACCCUUUCCAUGAACUUACACAAUGGUAUCUUGACUGACUCGAAGGGUAGAAUUGGUUCUAUUGUCGCCAACCAACAAUUCCAAUUUGAUGGUCCACCUCCUCAAGCUGGUGCAAUCUAUGCUGCUGGUUGGUCUAUCAAGGAUGGUAAGUUAGCUAUCGGUAACUCCACUACUUUCUACCAAUGUCUGUCUGGUAACUUCUACAACUUAUAUGCUGAGCAUAUUGGUUCAAAGUGUGAACCUGUCGAAUUGGACAUUGUUGAAUUAGUCGACUGUUAA